AUGGCAUACGGGCCCACGUCCGAGGUUGAGCAUCAGGAUCGACUUGUUGUGUUUGUGGACGAUGAAGAAGCUGUAGAAAUACCGUUGGUGGGCAUACCCCCUUGUCCGAAGCUUGAGGUUUAUGGACAGUUCACUGAUGGAUCACAAUCUGAUCUUGUUAACUUUGGGUUGGUUGUUGCUGAUGGUCAAGUCCUGACUGAGCACUUUUAUGUGAGAAAUAGAGGCAGAAGACCUGGAGAUUUCAGUAUUGCUUAUACAGGCAGUCAGCCACUGAAAGUUAUACCAAUCACUGGGACUCUAGAACCUGGGGAAUCAAUCAGAGUCAAAGUUGAGCUAAUAGCACAGAACCCGGGUGAACAUGUAGAAGAACUUAAUAUUACUUUUGAGGGAUCUCCUCUUGUAGUGGGUUAUGUUUACUCUCAAAUUGUGAAUCGUCACCUCAUGUUGUUUACUGGGGAUGGACAGAGGCUGUUGCGCCACAUUGCGUUUGGACCAGUUUACUAUGGGACUGAUGUAGAGCAGAUUGCUUUGCUGGGUAACAACAGUCCCAAUCCUGUCAGCUUUGUAGCUGUGUUGGAGGAAGGAGCUGCAGGAGAAGAAACGGGUGAUGGUCCAGUUCGAACUGCAACUGAAGCUACUGCUACGGCUGUGCCCGGUGAAUAUGGCAACUCCAGCUUGUUGUCAUCUCUUGUCACCAUGCAUCCCAACCAAGGGACAAUAGGUCCAUACUGCAAGGUGCCUGUUACUUUCAAGUUUAGUCCACGCUUUAUUAGAUCAUCAGUUGGCUGGAGUCACAGUCAGAGACUACCUGCUAGACGAGAUUAUGCAUUAUUCAUGCAUAUAGAACCAUUAGGAGUUGAAACAGACACAUCAGUGAGAGGUGGGGAUGACCCACGUGUCGAAGUAGCUGUCACUGGCAUAGCUCUUCCUGUACAGGUCAGCAUAUCUCAACAGACAUUUGACUUUGGUGAGUGUGCAACAGGAGAUGAUGUGUCCAUUCUUGCAACAAUCCAGAACGAAUCUCCUCUUCUUUCAGCUGCCUUUUCUGUACCACAUGUUGCUCACUUCAAAGCAAAGCCAAGCCAAGGUGUUUUAUCUCCUGGUCAGAAAGCUGAUAUUUUGUUCACAUUUUGUCCAAGCCAAAUGGGCCAUUUGAAAACCAAACUUCAUGUUCAUGUACAUAGUGUUCAACGUGUUUCUGAUCAGUCAGCAUCGGUUAUUUUAAUUCCAAUUUCUGUCUCAGGAAGAUGCACAAAGAUCCAAAAACGUUCUUUGAAAACGGCUAACAAAUCUGGAGAGAAACUGGAAGUUAACAGAAUGUUAGUAGAUGUUGCAGUUACUGAUGACAGUGCUGCCAGGUUUUCUCCUCGUGCUACAGCAUGUCAAAUUCGUCUGUCACCAACUCAUGUUGAAGUUCCAGGUGUGUCACACUCUUUAGACUUUGAAAAAGCACCAGAAUCGAAGUUGGGUGUCCAAAAGGCUCUUCCUGAUGACUUGGCUUCAAGUGUGCGUCCCCACAAUCGAUUGGAGAAGAUUGCAACUCCAUUUACUGGCGUAGAGCGAUACACAUACAUUGAUUCUGACUAUACAUACAGUCCAGAUGAAGCAGAAUUAAAGAAACAACACAAACAGCAAUACAUUGAUUUUAUACAGACAAGACACUCAGGCAGAAAGAAAGACAAAGCUGAAGGGCAAAAAAGCAAAGUUGAUCAUCACGUAGAUCUAGGGAUGCAACCAUCGUCAGGCCUUCAACCUCCGAUUAUCAAGCAGGAUACGUCUGAAGUACAACAAGAAUUAGAUGACCAUGGAGAAGAGGCAAGGCUUAUGACAUCUACACAGUUGGCUGCUUCACAAUCUGCUGCUUAUAGUAACAUUGUCAAUGGAGGAUUAAAUGCCAUUCCCUUGACUACAAUCGAAAUUGCUGAUUGUCAAAGGGUGUUGUCACCUGCACAGUUGCGGUGUAUUCAGAUCAAUCCAAAGAUUAUAGAUUUUGGUCAGGUUUGUAUGCGGUCGGUCACAACGCUUUCUGUUAAUGUAUCCAAUGCUCUUGAUCAAUUCAUUCACAUUGUGGCCUCAGUAGACUGCAGUGAACUUCGACAGUCGUCUCCUCUCUCUCAAGUUGUUCCUCCGAGCACAACAGCAAAGCUUCCUUUAGCUUUUGAAUCACACAAGGUUGGUUCCUUCCACCGUAGUGUUCGCUAUGUAAUUAAUGGACAUCAUGAAGGCCACCUGAUAGUUCAUGCUGAUGUUGUUAGUGCUGGCCUUCAUUUGUCAAAAUAUAAGGUUCUACUACAACCACAAACAGGACGGCCGCCAAACGAUACAUAUCAAGGUAUUGUUACUCUCGAGAACAAGAAAAACCUUGCUGCUGAGUUUGGGUGGAUUGAUUCAAGUGAUAUUGACAUGGAUAAACCACAGUAUUUUAAUGUACUGCCAGCUCAUGGUGUUGUUGAGCCACACAAACAGCUGUGUUGUCUUGUGACUUACCAGCCAACAUUUGACUCUCUAUUGGAAGGCAGCGUAGUAGCCCAAGUGAAAGAUGGUAAUCGCUUGACUGUUCGCUGUCACGUUGAACUGGGCUUUCCACAAUGUCAGUUUAAAGAUCGACGUUUAUUGUUUGGAUCUGUUCCGUUGUCUCUUACUACGACUCGUACAACAUUGAUAGAAAACACAGGAGAUUGCCAUGCAUUUUUCAAAGUCUCAAACACGAGUCCUUACCCAGGGAUGAAUAUUACUCCAGUUACUGGUUGUAUCCCUGUGGGUGGAUCUGUCCAGCUUCAUGUUCAACUGGACCCACGAGUAGCCGGAAAGUUUGACACGUGGAUCAAUGUCAGUCUUCGUAAGGCAAAGCAGAUAUCAUUACGAGUAGCCGGAUCAGUAGAGAUGCCAUCUGUUGCAGUGAAGUUGGAUAUGUUUCGGUUUGGUGGUGUUUAUUGUGGUUCUGUAGCUCGGCAGAAGUUCCAGCUUGUGAAUUGUAGUGCAGUGAGAGCUCGGGUGAUGUUUGAUCUUUCACAGUUUAGAGAUUUUGGAGUGCAAUUGCCACGACGAGAUGUUCAACUAGAUGGAAAUUAUAUCGAUUCUAAGGAAAAUUUGUAUGUGUGCAACCUCAGUGCUAGUGAAACAGCAAAAUGUGAACUCAUAUUUCUUCCCAAGCAAGUUGCUGCUUAUGACUUUAUCCUUCCUGUGACUGUCAACGGCAUGGAACCUCCACCAGCUCCACAUUCACCGUGGCCUCCUUCUCCGACUCAAUCACGUCAGGGAAUCCUAAGAGACAUUGGACAAGAAGAAGAAGAGAGGACAAGUGAUAGGCAAACAGAGCCAACGCCAAAGAGGCGAGUCAUUGGAACUGCUUUGAGUCCUCCAUUGACUAUUGACAAAACAAGAUUAGAAAUCAGUCUUCCUUCUGGGUAUCUUGACAUGCAUGUUGCAAAUGUGCCAAUGGAGAACUUUGAGCUAACGAAUGUUAGUCAAAAGACAGUCAACUGGUGGUUUGAUUUGAGUCAAGGAGGUGAGGCUGUUGAGAAAAGCAUAUUUCAAUUUAUACAGAGAAACAACAUGAGUCCUCUCCCUAUGUUGGAUGGAAAUCAUCCAGAACGAGUAGGAAGAGCUCUAGAACCUGGAGAGUCUUUGACAGUUGCAGUCACAUUCUGCCCACCCAUGCCGGGACAGUUCAAAGCAACCAUUCCUUUGCUAUUGCAUGGUGACUCACUUUGUCCAUACAGAGUAAUUGAGCUUCGUGGAUCAUUGUUGUCAUCUCGUCUGUUGUUUGAUCCGCCAAGCCUUUCUUUGAUGCCCGUCCCACUUGGUGUUAGAAUAGCAACAGAACUAGCAAUUCAGGCCACAGGCUUUCCAAAUGGGACUGAACUGAUGGUUUCUCCUCCUGAUUUAAGUGAUAUGACUGAUGAUAAGCAGGCUAUUGAGCUGCGAGUUACUUUCAUGAAUGGCAGUACCAUUGAGCCUUGCAGUGAUAAAUCUCCGUAUGAACUGCAAUGUCUAGUGGAGUUCUCGUCACGAGAACCAAUAGCAUAUGCUGGAAAUGUAACUUUCAGUGACAACAGAGGCAACAUAUACAUUCUUCCAAUCUCAGUUUCUGCAGAUAACUGCAUUCUUACUGUUUACUCGUAUCUUGCUGCUAAUCGCCAUCAGUGCCAACUAAUACGGCAGCCACCAUCUCCAAAUCAACAAGCUGAUGGUGAGUCUGACACUCGAUAUGCCACUGCAAACGAUACAGGUCUACGCUUUCACUGCCCAACUGGUGAAGUUGUAUUACGACCUCUUUCAAUGUCUGAAGUUGGCAGCAUCACUCGAGCUUCCACUGUUGCAUCUGCAUCUCAGUUUGCUGCUGAAAGCAGUUCUGUAUCAGCAAGAGAGGGGUUUACAUAUACAUCCAUAGCUAGCAGUACAUCUUCAGCUGAGCUGACAGUUGGUACACCGCGUGAAGGAGCAAGGAACUUGCCUGGUGGGCCGGCUGGAAAUGCAGUUAUUAGCGAUGUUGAAAUUGCAGCCGACCAUAGAAAGAUGGACUCAUUUGUGUCUAUGGACUUUUCUGAAGAGCGUCAGUUUCUGAUUGAUGUUCGCGCUGGUGUGGAGCGUUGGUUUAGUUCUAAUGGAUGGCCUGGGCAUUAUCGUCCUGUUGAUCUUCCUAGUUCACUUCGUGCUUCAUUGACAAGUGAUGGAGGCCACCAACCUUCAAAGGGUGAUGAGGCUUUUAAAGCUGGAAGGUGGAAGACAGGAGGCAGCAAGAGAUCAGCAAAUACUAUGUUUGACUGUGUGGCUUACCUCUGUGGCACUGCAAUUCCUGGAAUUCCAAUUAACUCACCAUUGCCAUCAGAUCCAAGUGAAAGGGCCAAACAUGCUCACUGGCUGUACACCACUCUUCUUGCUUUUCUCAAGUCACAAGGUGCUCAACUGUCUUCCAUAGAACCAGAAACAUUGCUUGCUUUUGACGACUUUCGAUGUUGGCAUCUAAUCCAGUUGCAGCUCAGUGGACGUCGUGAACCUCGUGACAUUCUACAAGAAGAGGAAGAAGACAAAUACAUACGGUCUCAGUUUGAUCACAUCUCAACUCAUGCAUGGAUGACUUUAUUGCUGCAAACACUGAAGGUUUUUGUGUUAGCUAGUGUAGCAGCUCGUCCUGCCACUUUGCCAUCUGUGAGCACUGUGUCUGUUGACAUAGAUCUCAAUCCUUUGCGGAGCAAUAUUUAUGGCACAGCUGAACGUGUUCUGUUGGAAUGGCUCAACAGAUUGUAUCAAGAGCAGAAGAAUCAGUUGUUUAGUCAUUUACCAGAGGGUGAAAGACCGACAGCUCGUUGGAUUGUGAACUUUGAUGUUGAUUUUAUUGAUGGUUUGGUCAUUGGCACAUGUCUUUCUGCAUAUGCUCCUUUUCUGAUUGGAAGUCACUUAAGACUGAUGUAUCCUCGACCAGUAACAUCAGAGGAAUGCCUCCACAAUGUCUUGCUGGUUCUUGAAGCUCUUCGAGCUCUUGACUUUGAGUAUGACAUCCAAGCUGAUGAUUUUCGUGUGCCAAAUCCCAUCUUAAUUCUUCUGUUCUGUUGCUUUUUAUACAAUUAUCUACCAUCGUAUCUACCCAAAUCAACUAUCAAUUUUGAAACCGGUUUGAACUCUGUUGUUCAACAUCAAGUCAAGCUGAGAAACCCAAUGAAGAAAUUGAUGCAUUACAAUGUGAAGAUUCUUGGCCCAGGAGCUUCAAGUUUUAGGCUACCUAAUGGCAAUUCAAUUCAGGUUCCUUCUCAGAAGAGCAUUUUUGUUCCUGUUGAAUACAUUAGUCUCAGUCUUACCAACAUGAAGGCAAGCCUGCUCUUCACCAGUCGUCGAGGAAGUGGAGCUCAUGGCAGGACUUUGGUUUUCAACAUGUCUGCUUCAAUCAGCAAAGUGGAACCAAUGGUCUCUAUUAGUUGCCAGUCUGUUUUAUAUGAGAAAUGUUGGGUCGAUGUUGAAGUGGCCAAUCCAUUUCCAGUUCCUGGAGACUUUUCUGUUAUUCUAGUUGAAGAUAAGAAAACUGUUCAAGAUUUAUAUAAUGAAAGGCAAAUGAAAUCUUCAACAGUUGCAACUUCAAUGUCAACUGCAUCUUAUAAACAAGAGCUCUGCUCUGCUUUCUUUUGUUCUCACCAAAACAUUUACCUUGAAGCUCAAAGCACUGGGAGACUACAUGUCGUCUUUUUGCCUGUCCAUCUUACCAAGCGUCAUUGCUCUCUCUUGUUUUCAUGCAGCUCUGUUGGGGAGUUUGUGUAUUCUAUCAAUGGUGAUGUUACUCUUCCUCGCCCUGCCCAAUUGCCGGCAGGUCCUUCAUCAAGUCGAUCUGUUCGAAUCAGCAGUGCUGCAUUAUAUAGUCGAUCUCGAGCAGGCAUUUACACUGACAGUAAGUCUGUCAGUGUGUGGCGUUGUCAAACACAAGACAAGAUUCAAGAAGAAGUUGUUAUUCCUUUAGUCAAUUCAGCAAAGGAUAAAGCUUUAUUUCAUGUCACACAGCUGGGAAUGUCUACUAAAGAAGUAGAACGACGGAAGCUGACAGGAACAAUGGCAGUUGCUGCAAUUACAAAGUCAUUAUCAGCAAUGAUGUUUGAUACAGAAGUGAAAGAACUACCAGACAAACCAUUGCAAACAACAGUCUUUCAUGUAACUUCAAGCUCAAAAUAUUUUCAUGUUCCUGACAGGCUUACUGUUUCUGCUCCAACUGAUGAGUCAAGUAGAAUGACUGGACAGUCUAAGGCGUCUACAUGUUUGCAAAUUCAAUUUAGCGCAAAAGUUCCAGGCCACUAUCCUUGCCAAAUUGUUCUUUGGUCACCUCAUGAUGUCCGCGUGUUUCAUAUUGAGUGCAUUGUUAGUCAGGGAGGCAUUCAGGCAGAAUUGGAGUUUACUACAUCAGCACUUCUGCAUGUUUCUCAAAACAUACCUGUUACUAAUGGCACUUCGUAUGAUUGGCAGCUUGAAGCUCAUUUGACAAGUGGUAUUGGAUUUUCUGGGCCUCCGACACUGUUGGUGAAGGCAUUAACUACCAGUUAUUAUUCACUGCAGUUUAGGCCAUUGGUAGAAGGAGAAGUUGAGGGCUUGCUAGUUUUGAAAAACACAGUAGAUGAAUGUGACUAUGGAUACUACAGGUUGUGUGGCAUUGCCAAGGCACCAGCUGCACUCGACAAUAUCACCAUUAACUGUCCAGCAAGGAAACUAAUUGUGCAAACUUUGAAAGUUCCAAAUUUGACAAACCAAGACCUGAACUUAAAGGUUUUAUCUGAUUUGUCUUUCAUUGCUGGUGAUCCGUACAUUAAUGUGCCUGCUGGUGAGACAUGUUUAUAUGAACUGUCUGUCUUUCCAAAACAGCGAGGUCGAUAUUCUGGUCCUGUGACAUUUACAGUAGAUAAGAGUGAUGAAAGAGAAAGCGUAGGAACUAAGAAUUAUCUAGUUUGGUACAACAUGGAUGUUACAGUGGAGUUGCCAGACCCAGAAAGCACUAUUCACUUGCGCUGUAAUGCACUUGAAGCUGUGCAAGUUGAUAUUCCGCUGACUAAUUAUGGCAAAGAGGAUGUUGAGUACAAUGCAGUGCUAGAAGGAUCUGGUCUGAGUGGCCCAUCAUUCAUCCGACUGGCAGCAGGAAGCCAAGAAAAUUAUCAACUGGUUUAUUUACCUAAAGUGGUUGGACAAGUUGAUGGAAAAUUGAUCUUGGAGAACAGAAAGACUUCUGGUGAAUUGUGGUAUGAUUUGAGUUUGACCACUUAUCCUCCAAAACAGCACAAUCUUCCCACAAUGCAGUGUGAGCUGGCAAAGGUAUCAGUGCAGCCAAUCAACUUGUCUAACCCUUUGGAUGAACCAUUAGUUCUUUCAUGUCGACUUUCCAAUCUUGCAAAUUUUUGUUUGCAAACAAAGGCAGAUGGAACAGUUUUGAUUCCACCGCUUUCAAGUAUUGAUGUUCCUCUUGAGUUCAGUCCAUCAUCUCUUGGGGAUGCAAACCAUCAGUGUGAGAUAACGUUCAGUAGCAAACAGUUGGGUGACUGGACUUUCUCUGUGAAGGGCAUUGGCCUAUCUUCUCAAUCUCAUCAUAUUAUAUAUAUUCGAGCUCCAGUUAGUUUCUGUGCCACUUCUGUUGUGCAGUUUGUCAACCCUCUUGAUCACACGAUUCAUGUUGAUGUUUCCUUGCAAUCAGAAAGGGCAAAUGAAGACGAUGGAGACGUGCUGAGUCCUUCCAAGAUUGAUGCUCUUUCUAAGUUCUGUCUCAGUCUUUCUGAAUGCAUUGUUGGCCCCAAGCAACACAUAGACAUACCAGUUUCGUUUGCUCCAAAUAUUAUGUGUGUAGAACAUGCUGAGCUACUGAUAAGUGCCAGUCGGCUCGAUGGCAGGUUGUGGGACAGCACUUGGCUUGAUGCUGCUCGUAGAGCUGAUUCUGUUUCACAAGGUCAAACGCUUAGGUGCUCAGAUGUUUCUGCCAAUGAAAAUAUGCGUUACCUUUGUUGGUUUUUCCGACUGUGUGGCUUACCAGAAAUGAGUGCAUUUAAUCCCAAGCAGGGUCCACUGUUGCGAUGUCCAUCCAGGCAGCGACUUGAAGAGAGGAUAGAAGUUUGUUUGAUUAACAAGCCACCAAGCGCAGACAACUAUAUUGCAGCAAUAGCAAAGCCAAUUAUUGUAACUAACGGUCAGGAACAAGUUAAAACACCAGAAACAGUGUCAGACCUAACAUUGAGUGAGUAUAGCAGCAUGUCACAACAGUUUACUUAUCGUAUUGUGUCGGGAACACAAGGAGAAGAAGAGAGUAGUGUUGGAGUGAAUUUAGUGAGACGACGAUUUGACACUGCGGCCAAAGCUGUUGUCUUGCAAUUCAAUGUUGUCUUUGCUCCAUCCAAACCAUUCAAGCACAUGGUUCACCUGGAGAUAUUUAGUGCUGAGGGGGGCAUAUGGCGUUUUCCCAUUCGAUUACAUGCAACUCAAACCAAAGCUGAUGACAGUCUGGUUAUUGAAGCUAAAGGCUUGAACAAAGAAGCUUGUGUUGCUUUUCGUCUUAACAGCCAAGCACAACACCCUGUCCCAUACAAGGCUUUCUUUACUGAAGACUCUGACCUUGCAUUUACAGUUUAUCCUCGAGUGGGUGAGCUGAUGCCAGCCAGCAGCAAUGGCACUUGCAUUCAAGUGUCAUAUACGCCACAAGUUUAUGGAAAGCCUCAUCAAGCUCGACUGCUGAUAAAGACUGGAACUAUGCAGUGGACAUAUGAUAUUAUUGGGAAACUUCCAGACUACUGUCCUCCUCAUCUUGUUAGACAUGAUGGCUCAAUGCAUUGGCACAGAGAUCCUAUCAUGCGAAAUCCUUGUCGAAACUAUGUCAGAGAAAAUUUAGAAGUAAGACACACUGGCAUUUCAUCUAGUUUGAAAGGAAGCCCUUUGCUUGUUUAUCCAACUCGGAAAUGAAAACAAUACAUAGUUUAUAAAUUGUGUGUAGUGUUAGAACGUACUGUAAAAGACAUGUUCUGAGUAUACAAUGUAAGAUGUCAUGCAAACUAUCUAUAAGUUCUAGUAUUUAUUGCUGUUGCUGUCCUGUGGCUACUAUCAACUUGAGUCAUGUGUUACUACACAAUAUGUGUUAGA